CACAUCGGUGUGCCGGAGCCUGCCUUUGUACACCGGUCCGAACCCGCCCUCUCCUAGCUUGCACCCUCCUUUCUUCACGGAAGUGUUGUUAAAUCCUCGAGUGGCGUCGGAAAGCUCCUGGUGAUCAAAGUGUAUACACCCAGUACAGCCAGCCAUGAUCUCUAAAAGACGUUAGCCACGCCCAUCUCACUAUGACGUAACACAGAUAAUGGCAACAAUUUCAGACAGACUGGUUGGUAUGGCAGUGAUGUUUGUGGCUGUAAUGGUAAUGUGCUACUAUUCUGCCUGGGUCAUUGUCCUGCCUUUUGUGGAUGAAGACAACCUGGCGCAGAAAUUCUUUCUUCCAUGGUGGUGGGCUGUUGUAUUGCCUACUACUUUGUUGCUGAUAUUGAUUGUAUUCAUUGGAACAUUCGUGGGUGUGGUUGUGUUAAAAAACUCAAGGCAAGCUGCUAAGUCUCAUCAUGACUAAGAUAUCAAUACUAAUCAGUCAUUAUUCUGUUUAGACCUAGGUAACAUUAUAGAAGUGCAACAUGUGAAAGAAACAAUAGGCAUAUGAUUUGUAUGCAAAGAGAUUUAUAAGUGGGUAAAAGUCUCAGAUUGUUUCCAGGGGUUCAUCCACUUUCAGGAAAUCAUCCUUUUACUAUAAUAACACACACAAGGCAAAGCA